GGAAGACGAAGAGUGAGAGAUGGGUGUUCCAGCAUUUUUUCGGUGGUUGAGUAGAAAGUAUCCAUCCGUGAUUGUGGAAUGCAUCGAGCAAAAGCCGAUUACUACUAAUGGUGUUAGAGUACCUGUGAAUGCAGCUGACCCAAAUCCAAAUGGAGUGGAAUUUGAUAACUUAUACCUUGACAUGAAUGGUAUUAUCCAUCCAUGUACUCAUCCAGAGGAUAAACCAGCACCAAAAGAUGAAGAUGAAAUGAUGGAAGCCAUUUUCGAAUGCAUUGACCGGCUGUUUCGUAUUGUGAGACCUAGGAAGUUACUUUAUAUGGCCAUUGACGGAGUUGCACCUAGAGCCAAAAUGAAUCAACAAAGAUCACGAAGAUUUAGAGCGUCGAAGGAAACAACUGAGAAAAUUAACGAAAUCAAACGAAUACGUUCUGAGUUGGCAGACAAGGGUGCAAACUUACCACCAGAGAAACCAAAAGAAGACCAUUUUGAUAGUAAUUGCAUCACACCGGGUACACCCUUCAUGGCAAGAUUGUCGAAAUGUUUGCAUUAUUACAUACACGAUCGUUUAAAUAAUGAUCCAGGUUGGAGAAAUAUAAAAGUAAUUCUAAGUGAUGCAAAUGUACCAGGUGAAGGGGAGCAUAAGAUAAUGGAUUUUAUACGCAAACAAAGAGCACAACCCGAUCACGAUCCAAACACACAACACGUUCUCUGCGGAGCAGACGCGGAUUUAAUUAUGUUGGGGCUCGCCACGCAUGAACCGAAUUUCACAAUUAUUCGUGAAGAAUUCAAACCCAAUAAACCGAGGCCGUGUGACAUAUGCGGUCAGUUAGGUCACGAAAUGAAAGAAUGUACGGGUUCGGAGCCGAAUGAGAAAGAGGAAGAGAAUGCUUUCGGAUCCGAGUGUCAGUUCAUAUUUGUGCGGUUAAAUGUACUCAGAGAAUACUUAGAAAGAGAGUUGCAAAUGCCUAAUCUACCGUUUAAGUACGAUUUCGAACGAGCUAUUGAUGAUUGGGUGUUCAUGUGUUUCUUCGUAGGAAAUGAUUUUUUACCUCACCUCCCAUCGUUGGAGAUUAGAGAAGGGGCUAUUGAUAGGCUCGUUAAUUUGUAUAAAAAAACAGUAUACAAAACAGGAGGAUUCUUGACAGAUAGCGGAGAUGUAAAUUUAGAUAGAGUCCAGCUGAUAAUGUCCGACCUCGGGGAUGUUGAAGACGAAAUUUUUAAAAAGAGACAACAGAAUGAAAUAGCAUUUAAACAGCGUGAAAAGGUCAAGAAAGCUAGAUUACAGGCAAUCAGUAAUUAUAAACCGAAGUGGAUACCUACUGGACAGUUUGCACCUACGCCCUUAGGUGAAAAAGUUAAGCCAGUGGAAAAUGCACGUUACGAAGCGUAUCAAAUGCGUGUUCAAGGUAGAAACUAUAGCACUGCUAGUGAUGCAAGAGAAAAAACUAAUGAAGCUCUGGAGAGUAUGAUACGCCCAGAGAAAUCUUCUGGCGAACAGAGGAAACGUAAGGUCGAGGAAGUUGACAUUUCGGACGAUGAUCAAGCGCACGACGAAGUGAGACUCUGGGAGGACGGUUUUAAAGAUCGUUAUUACGAAUCGAAGUUUGAUGUUUCUUCUGAUAAUCUGCAGUUUAGAAAUAACGUAGCUCUGCAAUACGUGCGUGGUUUGUGUUGGGUUUUACGGUAUUAUUAUCAAGGUUGUGCGUCAUGGAAAUGGUACUUUCCUUAUCAUUACGCUCCGUUUGCUAGUGAUUUCAUUAACAUUGGUGGUCUGUCGACAGAAUUUGAAAAAGGAACAAUACCGUUCCGGCCACUAGAACAAUUGAUGGGCGUGUUCCCAGCAGCCAGUAGUAAGCACGUUCCUGCCCCUUGGGCAAAGUUAAUGAGUGAUCCUAGGUCAACGAUUAUAGAUUUCUAUCCAGAAGACUUUAAGAUUGACUUGAACGGUAAAAAGUUUGCUUGGCAAGGAGUGGCUUUGCUUCCGUUCGUGGACGAGGGCAGAUUGUUCAAGGCUUUGGAGCCGUACUAUGAAUGCCUAACAGAAGCAGAAAAGAAACGAAAUGUUAGGGGCGACGACCGGUUAUAUGUUGGACUGGGCAACAGCAAUUAUAAUUUUACAAAAGGACUGUACGAGAACAAUGUUGGAUUUGACGUAGAAACGCCUAUAUGCAUCGAUGGAAUGCGCGGAACGGUGUUAGUAGCUGAGGAUUGCGUUGGAGAUGGCGCCACUUUGCCCUCUCCUAUAAACGGACUUCCCGUUAGAAAUAACAAAGUCUACUGUGUACGAUUCAGAGAUCCAAAGUACGGUAGCAAUUACAUAUUCCCCGCGAGAAAGCUGAAAGGUGCCAGAGAACCACCGAAAGUCUUGAAGCCACAAGACUUUGAACAAAUGAACCGUAACACCGGUAACAACUGGAAACCACAGAUCGGUUUCACCCCUGCCACCCAGACUGCAUCCGUGACCGAUGCGGGUCGAAGAAUGCUUGGGCAUUUCACAAAUCAUAAUAGAGUGCCACCCCCGUACGGCCCCCUGUCGGUACAACAAACUCCCUACUCAGAAUCGGCGCACGGCUACCAGAGGGGAUACUACCAAAGGGGAUACGAGAGCUCUAGCUCGAGCCAGGCCACCCCGUCGUCAGCUGGUCCGUGGGCUGCCGGUUACGUUGUGCCCCAUGGCUACCAGCGUUACCAGCAUCAGGAAUACCAGCAAAGGAAUAACUACAGCACUCAGCCGUACGGACGGAACAAUUAUCAGGGCUCGCAGUACAAUAGCUACCAUCAGCAGCAACGGAACUAUUCCCCCAAUUAUCAACAAGGUAACGGGAACAGUAACUCCAGCGGAAGCGGCAACAGGGGCGGGUGGAGACGGUAAGUGUUGGAAGAGAUUCCGAGUCGUUCGACGAGACGGAUGUAAACGCGGUGGUUUAUGGGAAUAUACGCUGGAAAAAACACACCGUGUCAGGAGGACCAGGAUAGAUAGUUGUCUCGUCGCGAGCAGCCAAUCAUCGCACCACCGCUGCUCUCCCCCCGUUUUUACCUAUAUCCCAAUUUAGGUAACGAGCGCAUGUGUGCAAUACGUCGACGUUCUUGGCCCUACUCCACCAUCCCCUACACCCCCAUUCUCCCGAAAUUCCUGGGGUAAAUAUUUGCAACAAUGGAGCCACCUCCGAUUUCGAUGAUUUUUCGAUUUGUUAUCAAGGUCGUCAUUCUCAUUAGUUUUGUCAAGGUUUUAGU